UGUAAGUAAUUUUUAUAAAUAACAACAAAAUAAUCGAAAAUAACUCCAACUUUUUUAUUUUCAAGGAGUAAAACAACAAAUAGAAGGCGAUGCGAGUUGCUUUUGAAUAAAAUGCAAUUACACCCCGAUAUCGCCAGAGGCUAUUCAAAGGAAAAUAAAGAUAAAAUUUCAGAGUUCUGGACGACAACGGCAAAUGAUCUCAACAGUGCAGGGCCUCCAAUAAAGUCAAAAACUGAGUGGAAAAAGGUUUGGAAUGACCAGAAAAGAUAUGUGAGGAAAAAGGCGACGGAAAAUAAAGCGAACCAAAGAGCAACCGGAGGUGUCCCUAAUAAAACAGUCAAGUACACAGACGUGGAAGAAGCUAUAUUACAACUUAUAGGUGUUAACGAAGCUGUGGAAGGUUUUGGCUCGCCCUUCGGUUUGCCUCCCCCUGAGAAAAAAGAAAAACUGACGUAGCCGAAGAGAAUGGAGAUGAUCAAAAUUCAUUAGAGGAUCUAAUGGAAUAUUUACAUGAAGGUGAUGAUACUUGUGAUAAUGGUAAUAUUC